AUGGUUACACAAAGCGUGGAGGAUAGUUCCAGAUCUGGUCCAAGACGGACUAUUGUAGGGGAUUUAUUGAAACCGUUGAAUUCAGAAUAUGGUAAAGUAGCUCCUGGAUGGGGAACUACCCCCUUUAUGGGGGUCGCAAUGGCUCUAUUUGCAAUAUUUCUAUCAAUUAUUUUGGAGAUUUAUAAUUCUUCCGUUUUACUGGAUGGAAUCUCAGUGAGUUAG